AUGAUUUUGUCUGGGACCUUUUUCUCUGCUUUUUGGUUGCAGAAUGCCCCAUAUUUGUGCAAAAAAGAUGGCAUAACUCUGCAGUGCCCUCAUGUAAAGGAGAGUCAAUCACUUUGGGAGAAUCCUUACUCAGCCACUACAUCAUGGAAACCUUGUGCUGAACGACGUGAGGGCAUAAUUUCAGAUCUUCCUGCAGAGAAUGAAACUAACGGCUAUAUAUUUAUACAUGCUGAGGGAGGUCUUAACCAACAAAGAAUUGCGAUAUGCAAUGCUGUUGCUGUGGCAAAGAUCAUGAAUGCUACUCUUAUUUUACCUGUGUUGAAGCAAGACCAGAUAUGGAAAGACCAAACGAAGUUUGAAGACAUAUUUGAUGUAGAUCAUUUUAUUGACUACUUGAAAGAUGAUGUACGGAUCGUGAGAGAUAUCCCUGAAUGGUUCACAGAUAAAACUGAGCUUUUCAGUAGCAUAAGACGUACGGUCAAGAACAUCCCCAAAUAUGCUCCGGCACAGUUCUAUAUCGACAACGUUUUGCCUCGUAUCAAGGAAAAGAAGAUAAUGGCUCUAAAACCUUUUGUUGAUCGACUGGGGUAUGAUAAUGUCCCUCAAGAGAUAAACCGGCUAAGGUGCAGAGUGAACUAUCAUGCUCUGAAGUUUCUUCCCGAAAUAGAGAAUAUGGCUGAUUUACUCGUAUCUCGAAUGAGAAACCGAACUGGAAGUUCAAAUCCUUUCAUGUGA